AUGUUAUUGAAUACGCUGGAAGUGGCCUUUCAGGAAAAAAAUUCUUCCUUAAUGCAGAUAUUUAAAACAGAUGCCAGAAUUGAUAAGAUCAUAAAAGAUAAGAAGAACUCAUGCAUGAUGAUUACGGGAGAAAUGAUUUGUGAUAUACAAGACAUAAAUUUCAUAUCUACAUUAGCAUCCAAUAUUGAAACUUCAACAAAUAUUUCUUCAGGAAGAAUAACUGCACAAUCGAUGGCUAAUUCAUCUCAAGAAAAUGCCAAUCAAAAUCAAAAAUAUCUUAAUAAUACUGACGACGAUGAUGAAAAUCCAGAUGAUGUGGAAGAAAAUUCGAAUAAUAUUAUGCAAAAUAAUUGUGGUAAAAGAAAAAGAAAAUCACGAAAAUAA